CUGAAGCCACAGUCAUUGUUGACGGGCUGUCUGCUGCUUGACUCCCCUGGUUAGAUUCCACAGCCAGCAAUCCAGCCAACAAAGACAACCUGGGCGGGGACAUCCUUCCUGACACCCCAUCCAAAUCCCCCUCGGCCGUUGCCAAAUAGGAUUUGCCCUUUUGCCGUGCCGACAGAACGAGCGCAGCGGCUGACUCACCUCGAGUGUUACUAGCCUUUGGAAUCAAGUUGCCCCCAUACUUUUGGUUAAUUGUGAACUCCACCCCAGGUCUUCACCCUUACAACUCCUCCAGCGCUGCCUCUAUAUCUUGUCCGCUCAAGGUUGUCAACAUGUCUUCGUUGGACAUAAUUGACCACUCCCCUCAUCACCCGAGGCCCUCUGCGCCUCUGCCCACCGCCUCCAAUCUCGUCCUCAUUGAUAACUAUGAUUCCUUCACAUACAAUGUCUACCAGUACCUCGUCCUGGAGGGUGCCACCGUCACGGUCUUCCGAAACGAUCAGAUCUCUCUAGAAGAUCUCAUCGCCAAGAACCCCACCCAACUCGUCGUCAGCCCGGGCCCGGGCCACCCUCGCACAGAUUCCGGUGUGAGCAGAGACGCCAUCCGCCAUUUUGCCGGAAAGAUCCCUAUUUUUGGGGUCUGUAUGGGACAGCAAUGUAUACUGGAUGUGUACGGUGGCGAUGUCAGUCAGACCGGCGAGAUUCUGCAUGGGAAGACCUCGCCUCUAGUUCACGAUUCUAAAGGCGUCUACUGCGGAAUGUCUCAGAAUCUCCCGGUCACUAGGUAUCAUUCUCUUGCCGGGACUCACGUGUCGAUCCCGGAUUGUCUUGAAGUUACCUCUUGGAUCGCCAAGGAGGAUGGCUCAAAGGGGGUCAUCAUGGGCGUGCGCCAUAAGGAGUUCACCAUUGAGGGAGUCCAGUUCCACCCAGAGAGCAUCCUCUCCGCCGAUGGACGCAUCAUGUUCAAGAACUUCUUGCUAACCCAGGGCGGCACGUGGAAGGAGGACCAAGAGCUCCGCAAGAACGCACUGACAAAUGGUGCGCAAAAGCCAGCAAGCGCGCCGAAGAAGAACAAUAUCCUGCAGCAAAUAUACGCUCACCGCAGAGCAGCUGUCGAGACCCAAAAGCAGAUACCUUCCCAAAGACCUGCGGACCUCCAGGCCGCCUAUGACCUCAGCUGCGCUCCACCACAGAUCCCGUUCGUCGACCGCCUCCGCCAAAGCCCGUUUGACAUAUCGCUGCUAGCGGAGAUCAAGAGGGGCUCCCCAUCAAAGGGCGUGUUUGCUCUUGAAAUCAACGCGCCGACACAGGCCAAAAAGUACGCGCUCGCGGGUGCGAGCGUCAUCUCAGUCUUGACAGAACCCGAGUGGUUCAAGGGCAGCAUCGAAGACCUGCGUAUGGCACGUCAGGCUGUCGAGGGCAUGCCCAACCGACCAGCCAUUCUGCGCAAGGAAUUUGUCUUUGAAGAGUACCAGAUCCUGGAGGCACGUCUUGCCGGAGCCGAUACCAUCCUCCUGAUUGUCAAGAUGCUCGAAACUGAACUACUCGAGAGGCUGUACAAGUACUCUCUCUCGCUGGGAAUGGAGCCCCUGGUCGAGGUACAAAAUGCCGAGGAAAUGACAACUGCUAUCAAGCUUGGUGCAAAGGUUGUUGGCGUGAACAACCGCAACCUCGAGACUUUUGAAGUUGACCUGCAUACUACGAGGAGUUUGCGAAGCAUGGUUCCCCAGGACGUCAUCAUCUGUGCCCUCAGCGGUAUCAACACCCAUGCGGAUGUGCAAGACUGCAAGAACGACGGCGUGAAUGCCAUCCUCGUUGGUGAAGCCAUCAUGCGAGCUCCCGACACGGCCAAGUUCAUCCAAGAACUAUGCUCAGGUACCACGACACUUUCCCCAAAAGUCGAGACUCAACCGCUGAUUGUGAAGAUCUGCGGAACGCGUAGCGCCGAAGCCGCCACCGAAGCCAUCAAGGCAGGGGCUGACUUGAUCGGCAUGAUACUGGUACCUGGAACCAAACGAUGCGUAUCACACGACACCGCUCUGGCUAUUUCGAAGGCAGUGCAGGACAGCCGCUCUUUUGGGCGAUCCGUACAGCCCGGAUUCCAACCAAACGUGGCUCAGGAUUUCUUUGUAGGGGCCAAGCGUACCUUGACUGGCAAGGGCGCGUCCCUAGUUGGUGUUUUCAUGAACCAGCCCCUGGAAGAGGUUCUCGAGAAACAGAAACUGUACAGCCUGGACAUUGUUCAACUUCACGGUAGAGAGCCUGUCGAAUGGGCGCAUCUUAUACCUGUUCCAGUCAUUCGAAAGUUCCAACCUGGUGAGCCUGGAUUAGGGCUCCGUGGUUACCACACCAUCCCCUUGCUGGACUCUGGCUCUGGCUCUGGCCAGAAACUCGACCAUGCCGAUGUUCUGAAGGACCUAGAGAAGGAUAAGGAACUGGAGGUUCUGUUCGCCGGUGGGCUUAAUCCCGACAAUGUUGCCCAGUCAGUAUCUGCCAUAGGUCCACUCUCGGCUAGGAUAGUGGGUGUUGAUGUAAGCAGCGGUGUCGAAGAAGGCGGCCAGCAAAGCAUAGACAGAAUCAGGGCCUUUAUAAAGGCUGCCAAGUCUAUCAGAUAGGUUGGGCUCUAAUAGCGCUCGGCUUACCAGUUGAUAAACGAGGAUGGUUCUCAAUGCGAUCAACUUCUCCCAUCGAUGACUUCUAUCCAGGCCACGAACAAUCGAGCUGAGUUGCAGCUUCUCGCCCCGUCCACCAAUAGCGAGUGUUUCUCACGACGGCUUGGGGACAGUAUGACUGUGGCGCAGCCAUAUACAUAUAUACAUAUAUCCAGUGCCGGUGAUGUUGUAGGUGUGGCUUGGUUUAC